UGGGCUGGGUGGAGAUGAGCGAGGAGGAGCUGGCACCUGGCAGGAGCAGCGUUGCUGUCAACAACUGCAUCCGCCAGCUGUCCCUGCACCAGCACGACGCGCCCGGCGCAUGGGGGGGGGCCGGGCCAUGCUGCUGCUCCUGCAGAACCAGACGCUGAAGCUGGUGGACCCGCAGGACCAGAGCCUGCUGCAUGCACAGCCCGUGGCCAGCAUCCGUGUAUGGGGUGUGGGGCGCGACAGUGGCAGGGAGAGGGACUUUGCCUACGUGGCGCGGGACCAGCUGACGCAGAUGCUCAAGUGCCACGUCUUCCGCUGCGAGGCCCCGGCCAAGGACAUCGCCACCAGCCUGCACGAGGUCUGCUCCCAGAUCAUGGUGGAACGGCGCAGUGCCCGGGCGCUGGCUAAUGGCCUCUCCGUGGACGCCUCCAGGAUGGUGGAGAUCCCCUUCCAAGUGGAGUUCCCGGCGCCCAAGAGCGAAGUGGUGCAGAAGUUCCACGUCUGCUAUUUGGGCUGCGUCCCCGUGGCCAAACCCGUGGGUAUGGAUGUCAUCAACGCGGCGCUGGAGGCGGCGUUGGCCACCAGCAGCAAAGAGCACUGGACGCCCAUCGUGGUCAACGUGGCGCCGGCCACGCUCACCAUCACCCACGAGCAGACCGAUGCGGUGCUGUGCGAGUGCCGGGUGCGGUUCCUGUCCUUCAUGGGUGUGGGCCGAGACGUUCGCUCCUUCGCGUUCAUCAUGGCCAGCGCGCCCGGCGCGUUCCGCUGCCACAUGGUUUGGUGUGAACCCAACGCGGCGGGGCUGAGCGAGGCUCUGCAGGCUGCCUGCAUGCUGCGCUACCAGAAGUGCUUGGACGCGCGGCCCCAGGCGUCCAGCUCGUGCCUGCCCGCACCGCCCGCCGACUCGGUGGCCCGUCGGGUGGGCUCCACGGUGCGCAAGGGCGUGCAGAGCCUGCUGGGCAGCCUGAAGCCCAAGCGCCUGGGGGCGCAGACGCCGUGACGGGACGGAGGCGACGGGAGAGCAGCCACCGGAGCCCCCCCCGCUGCCGGCAGGACGGCGCCGGGACGGGGCGGCCGCGCCGGAGCCGCGUGCCCAGCGGGGCGCGCGUGUGUGUGUGUGAAUGUCUCCGGCCGCAUCCCACCCGUGGGUCCCGGUGCCGUGGGGCGGGGGGUCGGGCCGGUGUCCUGCCCCGCGCGUGGGGCUGGGGCGGGGCGCCGCCCGCCUGAUGCAUGCGGUCUAACCUGCAGCGUGGGGACCCUCGGGGGCCGCCCGGCUCCGAGCCGCCCCCUCCUGCUGUAACAGAGAUCUGUGUCGUACUAAAUAAUUAAUAAACCCAUUCCACCA